UCCCAUAUACCCGUGCACCGUUUACCAACACUAGCCCUGUGAGACGCAUUUUUCCUGUCACUGCAUAGAAAAAUCGAAAAUAUUAGUAUUUGGGCGUAGUAAAAAAAGCAAACAAUCAUCAUGCUAUAUCUGGAAGACUACCUGGAGAUGAUAGAGCAUCUGCCCCAGGAGCUGCGCGACCGUUUCACAGAAAUGCGAGAGCUUGAUCUGGCCGUGCAGAACAACAUGGACUCGCUGGACAAGAAGUCGCACCUGUUCUUCAAGCAGUGCAAGCGCGACGAGCUGCAGCACGAAUCCAUGGACACCGAGUUCCACAGCCUGCGCACAGAGUACUUCAAGGUGAUGGAAGACGCCGACGAGAAGGUGGCCAUUGCCACCCAGAUACACGAGCUCGUUGAGCGCUACCUGCGCCGCCUGGACAGCGAGCUUUUCAAGUUCAAGUGCGAGCUGGAGGCGGACAACAACGGCAUCACCGAAAUUCUCGAGCGUCGCUCGCUCGAGCUCGACGGCAACUCCACGGCCGCCACAGCCCUGCUGUUGAGCAUGAACCAGAAGGAGAACCGCUACUACGGGGCCAGCUCGAUCAACAGCGCGGCGGGAAUCAUCACCAGCACAGGCAGCAUUGGCACAGGACCGACCAACCUGGGCCUACCGAGCUCCGGCAUUGGCUCCGUCGCUGGCAGCGCCCUCACCAGCAUAGCCAGCUCCCAUCUGAGCAGCAGUCAGCGGCAUCGCAAGCUGGAGAAGCGUCGCGAGACGAUCUGCACCGUGCCCGUACCGGAGAAGCGGGCCAAUCUCAACCACUCGCUGCCCACCGUAAGUGCCGCCUCAUCCUCCGUCUCCGCAGCAGCAGCAGCGGCCGCAGCCGCUGGUCUGGCCGUCCAUCCAGCACAUGCGGCGGCCCCCAAUCACGUAACCAACAGCAUCGCCGCCACCCACCUCACCCUGCCAGUGGCCGUGGGUGUUGGGGGUGUCGGCGGUGUCGGCGUCGGUGUGGUUGGGGCAGCCAGCAGCAGCCUGGGCAACAGCUCGCUGGUCAGCAGCGCCUCCGUGGUCCGUCAGCUGCCCACGAAUCUGAGCCAGCACUCGGGUCACGCCGGACACAGCGUACUCAACAGCUCGGCGGUAGCCGUGGCAGCUGCCCUAUCUUCGACUGGAGUGGCAGCAGCUCCGACCCAUGGCCAUGGCCACGGGCACAGCCACAGUCACGGACAUAGCCACAGCCACGGGCAUGCCCACAACCAGACCCACAGCCACAGCCAUGGGCAUGGUCAUGGACAUGGCCACGGCCACGCCUCGCACUCGACUAAUAACACCACAGUCACCUAUAACCUACAGCAAUUGGGCGGCGGAACGGCGGCCUCCAGCGCCAUUGCGGCCGCCGCCAGCCAGGCGAUCGUGGCCACACAGCAGAUGCAGCAGGGACGACGCACGGCGAGCCUGAAGGCCAGCUAUGAGGCCAUCCAUGGGGCUGGGACCACCGCCGAUUUCUGGUCGACCGCAGGACAAGGUACUCUGCAAACUGGAGGAGCGGCAGUGGGCACGGCACAGUCAACACUGGUCACGGCCGGGGCCGUAGGAGGCGCAGCAUCGCACCACCACCAUCAGCAACAGCAGCAGCAACAGCAGCAGCAGCAGCACCACGGCAGCAGCCACCAUCACCACAGCAGCCACAGCGGCAGCAGCCACCACCACCACCACCAGGACAAGAAGCAGAGCAAGAAGAAGAUGAGUGCCACCAUUGCCACGAUGCCCGCUUCGAUUGCUGUGCAGUCGGCUCUGGCCGGCUCUUCCUCGGGCAACUCCAUUGCCUCGUCGUCCUCCUCCAUGAGCGUGGACUCUGUGGACAUGCUCUCGACGGCUGCUGCCGUCCUGGGCGGCAUGGGCAUGCCGCAUGGCUCACAGGCCAUGAACACGGCAGCUGGCGGCAUGAGUGCCAGUCACGUGACCACUACGAUGGCCACCAAUGUGGGCAACGUGACAUCGGCCAUCGGCAUGGCCCCCACGACGCUGGUGCCGGGCUCCAAUCUCAAUAUCGGCGAGAUCGGACUCGUACUGGAGCAGCCGAACGAGGGCGAGUGGUCGUACGAUCCCAACGAGCCGCGCUACUGCACCUGCAACCAGGUGUCAUACGGCGACAUGGUGGCCUGCGACAACGACGCCUGUCCGUUCGAGUGGUUCCACUACCCAUGCGUGGGCAUCACCCAGCCGCCCAAGGGCAAGUGGUUCUGCCCCAAGUGCACCGCCACCAUGCGGCGCAGGGGCAACCGCAAGAACUGAGGCUGACUCAGGUUGCUGGCGCCCUUCCGUGGUAGAGGGUGGCUGCGACGCUAGAGUACUUAACAAUGUCUACCAGAGAAUAAUAAUACACACACAAAAUACAUAAUACAAUAACAAUCGAAAUGAAUAAAUAUGGAAUUAGGAGUUGCGCAGGA